AUGGCCUCAAAGGUCUCAGUGGUCGGCAAUCCAAAGUCGAGGUUCUGGUUAUUCCAUCUGGACCAUGGCUUCGACUUGACGCAUCCAUCGUCGCCUGAUCAGGCUCCCUCGGGUCGGCGCAUCAAGCUUCCGACAACCACAAUGCCCGUGACCGUCGCCCCCGAGAAGAAGGCUCUGGUUAUCAUCGAUAUGCAGAACAUUUUCCUGUCACCUACCAUGUUUGGAAAGGUCCGCGGUGAGGGCCACGAGGCCGAGGAUACACUCCUGCGUACGGGCAUCCCAGCUGCGCGCAAUGCCGGCAUCCAGAUUGUCCAUGUUACGUGGGGUAUUUCUGAGAAGGAGUUGCACGUGUUGCCGCCCAUAAUCUUCCGCAUCUUCCGCUUUUCUGAGACCGAAAAUGACGAACCCGGCGGCAUGAAGGAAGUCGAGUCGGAUCUGGGUGUUGGGGUUGAUUACGGCGAUGUCAAGCUGCCGAGCGGGUCGACUGUAUCUGCGGGCCGGCUGCUCAUGCGCGACCAGUGGAACACAGCACUCCACAAUCCGCUACAGCAGGAGUUCGAUAAGUCCCAGACGACAGCCCUGCCCGACGUCCGAUUUCACAAGAGCAGGCUAUCAGGUUUCUGGGGAGGCACGACGCCAUGCAUUGAGUAUUUGAAGGAGAAGGGGAUAACCACCCUGCUGUUUGCUGGCGUCAACACUGAUCAAUGCGUCCUCGCAUCCCUCCAGGACGCAUGCAACGUCGGGUUCGAUACUAUUCUCCUCAGAGAUGGCUGUGGCACUAUAAGCCCCGAAUACGCCACCAAGAUGGUCGAGCUCAACUGCCGCAAGUCGUGGGUAUUUAUGUCUUCGUGCUAUGGAUUGGAGAAUGGGGUUAAGAGCAUGGAGACGCUGUAG